GUGUAUCAGAGCGGAUGUGAUGUCAUAAGUGCUCAGCACUUAGCAUGGAAUAAGUUAAAUAAUCUAAUAAGUAUAUAAUAACCCUAAAUAACCAAAGAAACAUCUUUUAAAAAAAUUCUUGAAAUAUUCCAGCGUAUACAUUAUGAAAUGAUCGGGAGGAAAUUUUAUAUUUCCAAUUAAUAAACAAAAUAUAUAUACUCGGCACGGUGAUCUGCACGGUUAGUUCAGCUGAAAAUAUGGUGUGAUCAUCAGAAAGUUGAUUUAAUGAACUUUCUUCAAGUGAUUACCUAAUGAUACAGUAUUUGUUUUUUAAAAAGCUUUGCCAGCAUGAGUAAAUCGAGUGGAAAUACUUCGUCCGGAUCGAGAGAUAACGACGAAAGACAGGCGAAUUCGCUGAAUCAUCCUCUUAUUCUUGCCACAAGAGGUAGAAGACAUAGAGCUGUUCGUCACUCAUCCAGGAGAGAGAAAAAAGAAGUAGAUGAACCCAAAGCUGACCAAGCUCCGAAAUCAACAGUUCAUGACACUCAUCUUGGACAACAGAUUCUAUUGGCUUCUGGCCGAAUCCACAAAAAUAAAAGCUAUUGUGGGCCGACUGUUUCUCACAUGUUGCAAAAGAGAGAAGUUGGCAUGGGUGAUAAGCAAUGUUUUUCAAAUGGAGACCAGUGUGCAAUAGGUACCCUAUACAUCCCAAAUAUGAUGUCAACAGUUGCUUACUGCAAGGACAAAGCGUUCUGUGGAAUUUAUUCCAAAGAAGGUGACAGCUUCUUAGCUGCAGGUCGAGAUGUAUAUAUACGGUUGUAUGACACAUCAUGUGAUGAAUUCAGACAUAUUAAAUCAAUUCGAGCACAAGGAUUUUUCUGGAGUAUUUUAGAUGCUGCAUUUAGUCCUGAUGGAAAUUAUGUGAUAUAUUCCAGUUGGUCUGAUUGCAUUCAUUUGUGUAAUAUUCGAGGUGACCGUGAUAUCCACGAAGCCCUACCAUUGUUUCCUGGUAGAAGUACUUUCUGCAUUUUUUCACUGACAUUCUCUUCUGACAACAAGGAAAUUCUUGGAGGUGCAAACUGUGGUAAUUUUUAUGUCUAUGAUUUAGAGAGAAAUCAGAAGAUAUUAACAAUCAAAGCACAUGGUGAUGAUGUUAAUGCAGUAAAAUUUGCAGAUGAUAGUUCCCAGAUAUUGUUCACAGGAGGAGAUGAUGGAUUCUGUAAGGUUUGGGAUCGGCGUACCCUUAAUGAAAACAAUCCAACUCCAGUUGGAGUGUUUAGUGGACAUGCAGGUGGCAUCACAUAUAUAGAUUCCAGGGGUGAUUCACGGUACUUGAUAUCCAAUUCUAAAGACCAGACAAUAAAACUGUGGGACAUACGAAAAUUUUCUACAGAAGAGGGUAUCAAGGCUACUGAAGCAGCUAUCAGUUUCCAAAGGUGGGAUUAUCGUUGGCGGCCUAUAUCUCAGGAAAUGAAAUUACGAAAGCCUCUAACUGGAGAUGUAUCAGUUAUGACUUACCGUGGGCAUACUGUUUUGCACACAUUGAUUCGUUGCAAAUUCUCUCCACGCUUCACUACGGGUCAGAGGUACAUUUAUUCUGGAUGUGCAACAGGAAAUGCAUGUAUUUAUGAUGUUCUUACUGGAGAAAUUGUGACCAAACUGUCCAAUUGUCACAGCACAUGUGUACGAGAUGUCUCAUGGCAUCCCACGAAAAACACAAUAGUAACCACCUCAUGGGACUCAACAAUAUGCCAGUGGUAUUACUAUGGCAUUGAACAGCAUCGAGAUUUUGAAAAUGGAGAAUUAUAUUACCUCAAAUCAUUUCGACGAUUAUUUGAUUGAUUGUAACUGUCAUAUGGGUUACAAAAGAAACUGAACAGAUGUAAAUAAUUAACAUUUAACAGACAUGGCUUUAAGCCCUCACUUUUUUUUCAUUGCUACAUCCAUCAUUAGAAUAGUUAUAUUAAAUAUAUUUAGAAAUCUCAGUCUAUAAAACAUAUUCGUUUCAACAAUUGAAAUUCUUUAGAAAAUUUUGAAAGAAAGCAGGCUCUAAUUCUCAUGAAGUGAAAUAUUUUAAAUACCUUCUUUCAGCAUAAUCUGCUGCUUGAGACCCUAAGAUUCCUAAAGAGUCUGAAGAUAUUUAAAGUAUACAAAGAUCUUGAUUUCACUGAUUCAUAUGCUGUUUUUGUAGAACUAAGUCUUCCUCAACUGCCAACUACUUUCUUAAUUUGAUAAAACAACUUUAAUUAGUCAAGGCUACUUUACAUUUAUUGUUUUGUGCAAGUUAAAUACUGCUAGAAGGUUUCAGCUUAUUACAUUCCUAUGCAGAAACUACCAACAAAGGAUUUCCUUUGUAACAUUCUAAGUUUAUAUUGUACUGACACAACUGCCAUCAUGUAUAGAAUGGAUAUUUCUUUUGGUGGAAUUCUGGUUUAAGCAGCCCAUAUAAUCUCUUGUAACUUUUCUAUUUUUUGGAAUUUUCAAAACAUUUUUGAAAAUUUGUGUUCUACACAUGGGAAUUCAUAUGAUUAUGUAAAAAAUCUUUUCCUUAAAACUUUUUUAUUCCCCCCUAUAAAUCCUAAAAGUUCCACUAUUUUUGGAAUUUUUUCUUAAAAUUCAUUUAAAAUAUGGACAGUCUGAAUUUUUUACUUAAAUCCCAGCGAUGGACUACCAUUGGGUGCAUCAUCAUUCCAUUAAAUGUGUUUAUGGGGAGAAAAAUAUUGAAUAGCAUCAAUACAUGUUAGAUUGACAAAGAAACAAGAAAGGUUUCAGUGGUUGUCAGAUGUACUAAGAACAGCUAAAUCGCCCAUAAAUCACACAAAUUUGCAAAAGUUUUCUGAAAAUUCCAAACAAAUUAGAAGAGUUAUUAUAUGGGGUACUUAAACCAAAAUUCCACCUUUCUUUUAUUAAAACUUUUAGUUAUAAAAUCUAAGGAGAUAUGGAAGAUAAAAACAAUCCAUGAUCAUCUUUGUAGCAAGAUAUAGCAUCGUCAUUUAUGUGUGUCUGGAAUUUCUUUCCACUAUUUUUGAAUAAAUAAGUGUUAUUUA